UAAUAAGAAAUAAUUCAAGAAACACUUUUUUUUGAAUGAGUGAAGUUGCUAUUUAUUUUUUUGCAUUUUAAUUGUAUGCAACAUGCUAUAUAAUAGUGUAGGUAUAUGUAAAUAAUUAUAUUUUAUUGAUACUUUUAUAAAAUUAAUAAUUUUAAAAAUAGAUUGAUAUUGACUGAAAUCUAUAUCAUAAGUAAUUGAAUUUCUUAAUAAGUCAAGAAACAUAUCAAAACAGUAAUAAGUUUGUCCACGUUUUUUAACAUAACAUACAGCUGCAUUUAAAAUGUAUCCUCCCCUGUAUUCAAAACUGAAAAAUAAUAAUGUUUAGACUGAUUUUUCAACAAGUCUGUCAGAAAAUUUAUUUAUAGCUGAAAAACUUAAUGUUGGUUUUUUUCUAAUUAGAAUUAUUGUACUACUGUAGAUUUUAUAUUUUAAGGUUAUGAUUCGUUCUACUAAAAUUUAAAUUUAUACUAUAAUAAUACAGCAACGAUAGUGGUAAUAAUUGUGACAGUAAAGUUGCACUGUGACAAUACUUUUUAGUUGACAAGAAAGGUUAUAAAUUAUUAUUGUUACACUAUAUAAUGGUAUAACAAAAUGUCAACAAUGUGUAAAAAAAGGAAAAAAGAAAUUUUACAGAAAGAGGAGCUUCAAUUGCUUGAUAAAUCUGAUUUAAUAGAAAAACUAAUACAAUUGGAAGAGGAAAAUAAACAAUUAAAUGCAAUAAUUAAUAAGAGAAAUGAAAAGUCCAAAGACAAAGAUACCACUUGUAAAUCACAAAAACCAUUUGACUUCUCAAAAUGUUAUAAGAGGCACAUCCUUUUAAAAUUCUAUUACCUCGGAUGGGAUUGCAAUGGUUUUGUUGUACAGGAAAAUACUGAUAAUACAAUAGAGCAGCAUAUAUUUGCAGCGUUAAUAAAAAGUUGUUGUAUAGAAUCACGAGAGACUUCAAAUUAUCACAGAUGCGGCAGAACUGAUAAAGGUGUCAGUUCAUUUUCUCAAGUGAUCUCAUUAGAUAUUAGAAGUAAAUUAAAACCAGAAGAUCAAAACAAAUUGGAGGAUGAACUUCCAUAUUGUAAAAUAUUGAAUAGAUUACUCCCUUCUAAUAUAAGAUGUACUGCAUGGUGUCCAGUAUCAGAUGAUGUCUCAGCAAGAUUUGACUGCAAAUUCCGGACAUAUAAAUAUUUUUUUCCAAGAGGAAAUUUAAAUAUUGAUGCUAUGGAUAAAGCUGUUAAGUAUAUCAUAGGGGAGCAUGACUUUCGAAAUAUUUGUAAAAUGGAUGUUGCCAAUGGUGUUGUAAAUUAUAUGAGAACAAUUAUGAGUGCAGAAGUAUCUUUAUAUCGACAAAAUUCUAAACAUAUAUCAGGAUAUGAUAUAUGUCAAUUAAUUAUAACAAGUCAAGCAUUUUUAUGGCAUCAAAUUCGUUGCUUAAUGGGUGUUCUAUUACUUGUUGGUCAAGAAAAAGAAAAACCAGAAGUGAUUUUAGAACUCUUAGAUAUUUCAAAAUGUCCUAGAAAACCUCAAUAUAAUUUAGCUCAUGAAGUGCCAUUGAAUCUAUGGUAUUGCGAAUAUGAAGCUAAGCAGUGGUAUAUUGAUCAACAGGAAUUAAUAAACACAGUAAAAAUUUUGCAAAAAGACUGGACUCUUAAUACAGUAAAAUCAGUUAUGAUUGAGAACAUGUUACUGAAUCUGGAAGAUUCUAUGAACUGUCAAAAUUUAUCCUUUCAAAAUGAUUGUCUUCUUCUUGGUGUACAAUCCAAAACGUAUCAACCAUUAAUGAAACGAGUAACUUGUGAAAGUUUGGAAAGUAAAAUAAGGCAUUACGAAAAUAAGAAGAAAAGAAAAGAGUUAUCUGAUUGAAUGAUGAUAUUUAAAAUGUAAUUUAAUUAUUAAACAGAUUAAUGACUAAACAAGAUUUAUGACAAUUCAGAAAUUGAUAAUAAUAAAUAAAUACAUUAAGUUUUUUAAAACAUGUUAACAAAUAUUUCUUCUUUUGUCAGCCAAUAAUUUAAAUGCUAUAUUUUAAACAUUUUUUUAAGUUGUAAACGUAUCAGAAAAACAAGUAAUUGACUGAAUCGAUUAUAAACAGUUUAUCAUUUAUUGCAUAUAAAACAAUUUACAUAUUGUAUACAUUGUAUAUUUUUCAUGUAU